AUGUCAACUGAGACAGAACUUCAAGUAGCUGUGAAAACCAGCGCCAAGAAAGACUCCAGAAAGAAAGGUCAGGAUCGCAGCGAAGCCACUCUGAUAAAGAGGUUUAAAGGUGAAGGGGUCCGGUACAAGGCCAAACUGAUCGGGAUCGAAGAGGUUUCUGCGGCUCGGGGAGACAAGUUAUGUCAAGAUUCCAUGAUGAAGCUCAAGGGCGUUGUGGCUGGCGCUCGUUCCAAAGGAGAACACAAACAGAAAAUCUUUUUAACCAUCUCCUUUGGAGGAAUCAAAAUCUUUGAUGAGAAGACAGGGGCCCUUCAGCAUCACCAUGCUGUUCACGAAAUUUCCUACAUUGCAAAGGACAUCACAGACCACCGAGCCUUUGGCUACGUUUGUGGGAAGGAAGGAAACCACAGAUUUGUGGCCAUAAAAACAGCCCAGGCGGCUGAGCCUGUUAUUCUGGACUUAAGAGAUCUCUUUCAACUUAUUUAUGAAUUGAAACAAAGAGAAGAGUUGGAAAAAAAGGCACAAAAGGAUAAGCAGUGUGAACAAGCUGUGUAUCAGACAAUUCUGGAAGAGGAUGUUGAAGAUCCUGUGUACCAGUACAUUGUGUUUGAGGCUGGACACGAGCCAAUCCAUGACCCCGAAAUGGAAGAAAACAUUUAUCAGGUUCCCACCAGCCAAAAGAAGGAAGGUGUUUAUGAUGUGCCAAAAAGUCAACCUGUAAGUAACGGCCAUCCAAUGGAGGAUUUUGAAGAACGCUUUGCCGCCGCCACCCCGAAUAGAAACCUGCCCGCCAUCAUUGAUGAGAUUCUUGACGCAAGGAAGGCUGUGACCCAAUUAGAACUUUUUGGGGACAUGUCCACCCCUCCUGAUAUAACCUCUCCCCCCACUCCUGCAACUCCAGGUGAUGCCUUCAUCCCAUCUUCAUCUCAGACACUUCCAGCGAGUGCAGACAUGUUUGGUUCUGUACCUUUCGGCACUGCUGCUGUACCCUCAGGUUACGUUGCCAUGGGCGCUGUCCUCCCAUCCUUCUGGGGCCAGCAGCCCCUCGUCCAACAGCAGAUUGCCAUGAAUGCUCAGCCACCAGUUGCUCAGGUGAUGCCAGGGGCUCAGCCCAUCGCAUGGGGCCAGCCGGGUCUCUUCCCUGCCACUCAGCAGCCCUGGCCAGCUGUGGCUGGGCAAUUUCCGCCAGCCGCCUUCAUGCCCACACAAACUGUUAUGCCUUUGCCAGCCGCCAUGUUUCAAGGUUCCCUAACUCCCCUUGCAACUGUCCCAGCCACGGGUGACUCCGCCAGGUCAAGUCCACAGACCGACAAGCCCAGACAGAAAAUGGGGAAAGAAAUGUUUAAGGAUUUCCAGAUGGCCCAGCCUCCACCCGUGCCCUCCCGCAAACCCGACCAACCCUCCCUCACCUGUACCUCAGAGGCCUUCUCCAGUUACUUCAGCAAAGUUGGGAUGGCACAGGAUACAGAUGACUGUGAUGACUUUGACAUCUCCCAAUUGAAUUUGACCCCUGUGACUUCUACCACACCAUCAACCAACUCACCUCCAACACCAGCCCCUAGACAGAGCUCUCCUUCCAAGUCAUCUGCAUCCCACGCCAGUGAUCCUACCACAGAUGACAUCUUUGAAGAGGGCUUUGAAAGUCCCAGCAAAAGCGAAGAGCAAGAGGCUGAGCUGGAGCCUCUCUAUGCGCAGAUCCACAGACCUAAGAAAUAG